AAACUGACAACAAAUAGGGCAUUUUCCGAAUAUAUAUUUUAAUAAGUUUGCUAUAUAAUUUCAUUUAUUUAUUUACUUCACAUGAGUUUUAGCUGCCCUCAAUGCAGUUUCAAGUCACAGUUCGAGAGCGCUCUGAUGAUGCAUCAGCAGCUCUACCACCACUCCUCGACCAUCUACUGUUCAGACGCCAAUAAAACCAACACUUUACCGGUCAAGCCGUAUACAGUACCUUGUGAUGUUACAUCAAAAUAUACAACAGCAAAAGACAAAAAAGGAUUUCAAUUGGGUGCGCGGACGUCGUCUGCAACCCGGUUGUUCGACCGUCUGCGGGCGCGCAUCUCGCGAAGUCGUAGCCGCACUUUAUUCGCACAUGCCGAAGAGACUGUUGAAGAUUCUUUGAAUGAGUUGUCUGUACCUAGCGAGUGUACGUCGAAGGGCCCUAAUAUAGAUUCAGUAUCGAAGAGUAACCCUAUUACCACCCUCGGUUCUCCCUGUCCUGAGAUGCCGACUAGAGAGACGUUUGGUUGUCACUUAUGCCCUUUCGAUGCUGAUAGAAUUACAGUACUAGACCGGCAUCUCCUCAAUGAUCAUAAGAUAGGUCUUGAAAAUCUAUUAAAAUUAGUAAUGGCGAAAACCAAAGAUGGUCUUUCCGAAGAUACAGCACCAACCAUGUACGGAGUCAGACAAAUAUAUUACAAACCCUCAGACGAAAUAAUCCAGGAAGGAGAAUUUCUUAUAGAGACCGUUACACCCAAAAUUAAAAUCUUAAAGCAUGCAGGUACUAAUACAGACCUGCAAUGGACUGAUAUACCUGACUUGAAAGACAACUGUCGUAUGAUAACGAAAGAAUUGGAGAAACUGAUGAAAUAUCCGAUGGAUAUGAAUGAUAAAGAUAUGUUCUUGAAUAAAAUGCAAACGCUUAACAAAUGUAUGUGCAGAUUUGUUGAUUCCUCGAAUACUAUAAAGAGAGUCUUAACGAAAGAGUUCGAUUCUAAAAUUAGCGUGCGUGAUGAGAAGAGGGAACCGUUCUUCGAUUUAGGCUUAGGGGACCAAGACAGUCCUCGAGAAUGGGAAAGAGCACACAGUGAGAAAUUUGAAAGAAGCAGAAACAAACAUAGAGACAAUAGAAGCGAAAAAAAGAAAUUUUCUUCAGAGAGCUUUUACUUUUGAUUAUAAUUUUAAUAUGUACAUUAAGAU